CUUCAAAAUCGGACCAUAAUUAUGGGAAUCAAUUGAUCGUCAUGUUGCUCAUUAGUUCCCAAUCGUAGGCUACGGCGCCAAUGACGGACCCGGUGGAGCAGUCCAAGUCGCCUAAUGACCAGAAGAAGUACCGGUUGCUGACGCUUCCCAACGCGCUACAGGCGCUCCUCAUCUCCACGGCGGAGGUGGCGCACGUAGCGGCAGCUGUGGCGCGCGAGAGCGAGUGUGCGAACCGAGAGGAUGGCAAUCAGAGCGACAGCGAUGAGGGCAGCGAUUUCAGCGAGAGCGAAGAAGGCGAUGGAAGCAACUUCGAUGACAAUGAAGAAGAACAUGAGGGUGCACCUAUCCGUCGCGCUGGAGCCUGUCUCACUGUAGGCGUCGGCAGCUUUGCUGAACCCGAGUCGCUUCCUGGUCUGGCACAUUACUUAGAGCACAUGCUGUUCAUGGGCAGCGAAAAGUACCCGGAUGAGAACGAGUUUGAGUCCUUUUUAAGCGCUCAUGGUGGCUAUAGCAACGGGGCUACGGACAACGAGGUGACUAGCUACACAUUCGAGGUGGGGCCGGACCAUUUGGAGCCUGCGCUCGACAUGUUCGCGCAUUUCUUCAUCUCUCCUCUAAUGAAGGCCGAAGCCAUGGACAGGGAGCUGUCAGCCAUCGAGUCCGAGUUUAGCCAGGCCACACAGAACGACCGUAUCCGUACGCAACAAGUUCUGUGCGACAUAUCGUCUGCCACGCACCCGUACCAUCGGUUCGGCUGGGGAAACAAGAAGAGUCUCCAGGAGAUACCGAAGAAGAUGAAUGUGGACGUGCGACAGCAGAUUCUAGAGUUCUACAACAAAUACUAUUCGGCCAGCAUCAUGAAGCUUGUUGUAUGUGGUGAAAACACGCUGGAUGAGCUAGAGCAGUGGGUGGCCAAGUCGUUCAGCGCCAUUCCGAACAAACACGUGGAAGUGCCAUCUUUUGCUUCAGCAGGGCCCCCGUUUGGGGCUCGAGGUGCUGGUGCUCCAUUCCUCUGCAAGAUCGUGCCUGUCCGGGAUAUCCACACCCUUCAUCUUGACUGGAUGAUCCCUCCGGUUCUUGGUCAACAUCACCAGAAGCCAUCGGACUAUAUUGCUAGUCUCCUGGGCCACGAAAGCGAGGGAUCUGUGCUGUCACAUCUGAAAGAGCGAGGCUGGAUCUCAGCUGUCACCGCCGGAGUAACAGACACAGACGGCUACGACAGCGGUAGCUACGCAGCAAAGUUUGAUAUCACGAUGAAGCUCACACUAGAGGGCAUUUCUCACUGGGAAGAAAUCGUCCAUGCAGUAUUUGAGUAUCUUCAUAUGCUCAGGGUACAUGGCUGCCCCGAGUGGGUAUUUGACGAGCUAGCGGCACUGGCGGACAUUUCGUUCCGCUUUCAGGAAGAGGAUAGUGCAGUCGAACGAUGCGAAGAGUUGGGUGAGAUUAUGCAGUCGAUGUUCGGAGUGGCGCCAGAGGACAUCUUGCGGUACGACCUUUUCAAGGGGGUCUUCAAGAAGGAGCUAGCAGAAGAAGUGCUGAGUCACCUGACUGCCGAGUCCGUCUGUGUCUCGAUCGUUUCCCAAACGUUUGAAGACUCUGUUGAAUUUCAGAAGCAGGCUAUUAAGGAGGAAUGGUUUGACGUCAGGUACUCGAAAGAGAAUAUUACGGAAGCCAUUAUUCAACGCUGGAAGAGUGCAGGGAGUAACCCCAAGCUGCACUUGCCUCGUCCAAACCAAUUUAUCCCUCGGGAUUUCUCGCUUGUGGACUCGACAGAUGUUGAGGGCCUUGUGUGUGAUACGACGAAGUUCGGCAAGUUGUGGUACAAGCCGGAUCGCGUGUUUGCUACACCUCGUGCUCAUGUCGCGAUGUUGAUACAUUUGCCCAGUGUGGUGGCCAAUGUGGACAACUGGAGUCAUACUCAGCUGUACGUGAAGCUCGUUCGGGAUGCACUUAACGAGUACGCCUACCACGCCAACGUGGCUGAGCUCAUGUACUCACUUCAGGUAAAGGAGUCUGGUCUGGAGUUGAUCUUUGGCGGCUUCAACGAUAAGCUCCACAUCCUUGUCGAGGUAGUCGUUGCGGCUGUGUUUGGGACGGAGAUCAAUGAAGCACGCUUUGAAGUGAUGCGAGAGGAAUUGAUGCGCGAAUCGAAGAACGCGAUCACGAAGGUGGCACAAAAAGCGAAAUAUCUUCGAUUGCAACUUCUGGAAAUUCGCUCAUUUUCUUUGGAGGAAUGUUUGGACUCGAUCGAGGUUGCUACCGUGGAGUCGCUGAAGAAGUACGUCUCGAACGAACUCUGGGCGGGCAAGGCGUGGUUGGCGAGUUUUGCACAUGGAAAUAUCUCUCAUGCAGUAGCGUCGAAGAUGAUCGCCAAUGUCGAAUCGCAGCUGCAAAGUGUGUCUGCACCGCUCCAGUUGCGUGACUUUCCGCGUCGUCUUAUCAAUGCCAUCCCCCAGACACCCUUGGGUUUUCUACUUAAGGAGCGCAGCGAGAACAAGACCGAGACGAACACUCAAGUGGAACUCUAUUACCAGAUCGGCCCGUUGACUCUGCGUAGCCUGGCUUACGCUGACUUGCUGCACCAGUUGAUGGAGGAACCGCUGUUUGAUACUCUGCGCACUAAGCAGGAGCUGGGUUACGACGUUUCUUGCACUGUUCGUGUGACGAACGGCAUCUUGGGCUUUGGCGUGAUGGUUCAGUCAUCAUUGUUCGCAGCGGAGUAUAUUACUGCGUGUGUUGACCGCUUCAUGGUUGACUUUGAAGAGGCGAUCGAGAUGAUGGCGGACGAGCACUUCCAUGAUCACAUUCAAGCGCAGAUUUUGUUGAAACUCGAGCCUGAUCACAACCUUCUAGAGACGACGCACCACUACUGGUAUGAGAUCACGUCGCGUCGACUUGCGUUCGAUAUGGACGCUCAGCUGGCCAAGGAGAUGGAGACGCUGACCAAGAGUGAGAUGGCUCAGCACUACCGCGAGUGGAUUCUACAAAGCCCCAAGAAGUUGAUUGUUCAGGUGAUCGGCCGUGGCAAUCCGGCCGAGAAAAUAGCGCACGAACAACGCAAGAACGCCACAAAAGCGGAACUUGCAGAGCUGCGAGCACUUCCUCGACCUAUUCGGAUCCGCGACUUGUACCUAUUCAAGUCUGAGUUGCCUACCUAUCCUGAUCCCAUCGACGCGAUCAAUGCAGGUGAAACACGAGAAGUGGACAAGCGCCUAGAACUAUAGAGCGGCAGUAGUUUCGACAUGAAAGAACGGUGUUGUCUGCGGUACAUGCAUUUGCCUUUAGCUAUUUGCUCAUCUGGGGGCGUUGUGGUGCUUCACUGUGCGCGCAUUGUCUUGGUUGGCGCCAGCGCGAUCAGACGUAAUAUAUUCUGUAGACAGUCUUGGCAAUCGGCAGUUGGCCGUCGUAGAAUGCCGUUUCAAUCGUGAGCUUGCCGCUGGAACAUGAACUAUCCGUGAGAUGAAGGCAUUAAAGUUAAACAAGAGGCAAUGAAUCGUACCUCAUCACCUCCGGAUCAAGCAUAUUUUCCGGGCCGGCUGAUUCAAUGGUUUGUUGCCACGUAUUAGUUGAGCCCGGGAUCACAUAACCGAAGUUGAAAAUCCAUUCUUUCGAAGAAUAGAUGCACAAAGUCAUUCAGUGUAGUCCAUUCAUUCUCAAGCGUG